CUUUUCUCAUGAUAUUAUUCACAGGACUCGCCUCCUCCAGUGCCAUGUAAGCACUGCCUCCAUUCCUUGGCUUCCUCGUUUGACUGAAAAAAAUCCUUCCUUUUCCAAUGGAGAAUAGCACUUUGAAGCCAAUGGACUCGGAGCAGUUGAGGGAGUAUGGUCAUCAAAUGGUUGAUUUCAUUGCGGAUUAUUACAAAACCAUUGAAUCUUUCCCAGUUCGUAGCCAAGUUAAGCCAGGGUAUCUAAGAGAACUGCUGCCUGAUUCAGCCCCAAAACAUCCAGAAAGUUUGCAAGACGUUCUGAAUGAUGUCCGUCAAAAAAUAAUCCCUGGCGUAACUCAUUGGCAAAGUCCUGAUUAUUUUGCUUAUUAUCCAUCUAAUAGCAGCACUGCUGGAUUUUUAGGGGAAAUGCUCAGUGCUGGUUUUAAUAUAGUAGGUUUCAGUUGGGUGACCUCUCCUGCUGCUACAGAGCUAGAAGUGAUUGUUUUAGAUUGGCUUGCUAAGAUGCUAAAACUUCCCAAUGAAUUUCUAUCAUCAGGGCAAGGUGGUGGAGUCAUUCAGGGCACGGCUAGUGAAGCUAUUCUUGUUGUAUUAUUGGCUGCACGUGAUAAAGUAUUGAGGAAGGUUGGGAGAAAUUCCCUGGAAAAACUUGUUGUUUAUGCUUCAGAUCAAACACAUGCAGCUCUUCAGAAGGCGUGCCAGAUUGCAGGGAUUUAUCCGGAGAACUUUAGAGUUCUGAAGGCGGAUUCCAAUACAAAUUACGCUCUCAUUCCUGAUAAACUUCAGGAAGCAAUAAUGAAUGAUUUUUCAUCUGGCUUAAUUCCUUUCUUCCUCUGUGCUACUGUAGGGACUACAUCUUCUGCAGCUGUUGAUCCUUUAUCUGAGUUAGGAAAGAUAGCCAAGGCAAAUGACAUGUGGUUCCAUGUUGAUGCUGCCUAUGCUGGUAGUGCCUGUAUCUGUCCAGAAUACCGUCAUCACAUUGAUGGAAUCGAAGAAGCCACUUCAUUUGGUAUGAACGCUCACAAAUGGUUUCUUACAAACUUCGAUUGUUCAGUGCUCUGGGUAAAAGAUCAGAAUGCCUUAAUUCAAAGUCUCUCCACCAAUCCAGAAUAUCUUAAAAAUAAGGCCUCACAAGAAAACAAUGUGGUGGAUUUUAAAGAUUGGCAAAUUCCUCUUGGACGCCGUUUCAGAUCAUUAAAGCUAUGGAUGGUACUGAGGCUUUAUGGUCUGGAAAACCUUCAAAGUUACAUAAGGAAUCACAUUAAGUUGGCCGAGCAAUUCAAGGAGCUUGUCUGUUCUGAUCACAGGUUUGAGGUUGUUGCUCCUCGGACAUUUUCGCUUGUUUGCUUCCGCCUUAUCCCCCGAGAAGGUGAUCAAGAUAAUGGCUACAAUCUAAACUACAACUUGCUUGAUGCUGUCAACUCAAGUGGGAAAAUCUUCAUAUCACACACUGUUCUAUCAGGCAAAUUCGUUCUUCGGUUUGCUGUUGGAGCACCGCUGACUGAAGAAUCACAUGUCAAAGCAGCAUGGAAGGUUUUGCAGGACCAGGCCACCAUUCUCUUAACUGAUCAGUAGUCGGCUGGGAAACAUAAAUGAAAUUGUCUCUGAAGUUUGAGUUGGAUUCACUGCAAACCAAGUGGAAAACUUCCAUUCAGAGAAGAAAAUUAAAAAUUUCCAGUAAGUUGUAUUUUAUUUCAUUCAGGCAACUGCAAUCAUGUAUUCAUUCACAACAUCUCAUUAAUUUAUGGCAAAAUGCUGUGAUUUUAAUUGCAAAAACAUCA